CAGUUCUGCCCGACAUCAGGCCGGCGGACUAUGUAACUGGGUUUUCCAGGACGGUGGCUGGGGCUUGAGGAGAGACACCUACCUGGCUACAGGAUGAAGCUAGCCACCAGCUUCUUGAUUUUGUGGCUCAGCCUCGGGCAUGGCCUGGCACAGAGCGACACCAGCCCUGAUGCAGAGGAGACCUAUUCAGACUGGGGCCUUCGGCACAUCCGGGGCGGCUUCGAAUCUGUCAACAGCUACUUUGAUUCCUUUCUGGAGCUGCUGGGUGGGAAAAAUGGAGUCUGUCAGUACAGGUGCCGAUACGGAAAGGCACCCAUGCCCAGACCUGGCUACAAGCCUCAGGAGCCCAACGGCUGCAGCUCCUACUUCCUGGGUCUCAAGGUACCAGAAAGUAUGGACUUGGGCAUUCCAGCAAUGACCAAGUGCUGCAACCAGCUGGAUGUCUGCUAUGACACUUGUGGUGCCAACAAGUAUCGCUGUGAUGCAAAAUUCCGAUGGUGCCUCCACUCUAUCUGCUCUGACCUUAAGCGGAGUCUGGGCUUCGUCUCCAAUGUGGAAGUAGCUUGUGAUUCUCUGGCUGAUACUGUCUUCAAUACUGUAUGGACCUUGGGCUGCCGACCCUUUAUGAAUAGUCAACGGGCAGCCUGCAUCUGUGUGGAAGAGGAGAAAGAAGAAUUAUGAGGAAGAGGUGAUUCCUUUUGUGGUUUUGAGUGACAUCACAGCUGUCGGUCUUGGAGAUGGUAGUGUGACAGAUGUAUCUCAUCCUUUUUUCCAAAAGUUUGGGUACCACAAAGCAGGAGAAGAGAAAUAUUCUACAGCUGAAAAGUGAGUCCCAUCCUUUGAGGAGAAUUGGAAAAAAGAUAUGGAGUGAUUUGAAGCCUACUCCUCACUUUAACACUGGCCUCCCCAACCAAUACAACUUGCCUGGAAAUUCAGUUCUUAGCUUAAAGAUGAAAAUUAAGACUAAAAUACUGAGAUUCCUGGACUUGAUAAUUAUAUUAAUAAGUGAAAUUUUGGAGAGUCCAACCAUUUGGGAGACAAUGACUUUCCUCUGGUCCAUGUUUCAGUCACCAGUAAGCAUCUCACAUUUAA